AUGUUCCAGUCGAAGGUUAGUCCUAGCCCGACCCGGAGUAGCAUCAAGGAGGCCAACGACCACCUGCAGCUGCUACACGUCAAGGUGGCCGAACUCGAGCGCACCGUGCAAGAGCAGGCCGAGGCGCUCAUCAAGAAGGACGAGGCGAUGCAGACGCGCAUACGGGACGUCGGAGACGCCAAGGACGCGCGCAUAGCCGAGCUGGAGGCGCAGUUGACGGUUGCCGAAGAGCGGCUACGCAAGCAGGAGGAGCAGCUCCGCGAUCGGGACAUGCAGCUCGAGUUGUUAUCGCACCGCUACGCGCUCGUAGACGAAGUGGCCGCGUACACGCCCGUCGUGGAGAAGCUGCUGGCGGCCAUGCGCCGGCUGCCGGCGAAGACGCCGAGUCGCCAGGCGCCGCGAUCGCGCGCCAACUCGAGGGGAAACCUGACGGUGGCUCCUCGCAAGAGUUCCACGCCCGGCACGCCCAACCACGACGGCGUCGGCAACAGCGUGCUCGUAGACGGCCACGCGCUCUCAGAACUGCGCAUCGGUCGCAGUUUUAGCAUCAACAGUAACUUUUCGGCCUCCGAAGACGAAGCCGACGUGGUGGGCGCGAUGCUGUGA